AUCUCCGGUGAGGGGAUUUUGAGUAUCCGCCACAGGCGCCGCAAGCCAGUUCGGGCGGAAGCUGGGCCGUUGCCCAGCGCUACUUCCCGGGCCUGCCGUGAACUGUUCCCUGUCGCGGAGAGCGAGCAGCGGCAGGAGGCGACUUCCCGCCGAGCACCUCGCCCCUGUGGCCCAUGGCCGGCGGGGAGGCCGCCCCAGCGGCGGGGCCCGACUCCGAGCCCUGCCGAGGGGGUGAGAAAGUCGGGGGAGCCGGCGACGCCGGGACGGGCUGGGUGGAGAAGUUGCGCGCGGAGUGCGAGCCCGAGGGGCACUGGCAAUACCGCCGGGAGUUCUUGAUUCGCAACGCGGAAGGGUUGCCCUUGUCACCGGGCGGGGAAGACGGCGGUGGGGAGGACGGCGAGGGAGACAGCGUAGAAUUACGGCGACUGACCUCGCUGUCUAUGGUGUGGGCCAACCAUGUCUUCCUGGGAUGCAGGUAUCCUCUGCAAGUGAUGGAAAAGGUUAUGGACAUGGCUGCAGGCAUCACAGUGACCAAUGCUCCAACCCACACUCUGAGAGAUGAACUGGUUGCCAAGGUGAAACGAGGCAUAUCCAGUAGCAAUGAAGGGCCAGAAGGCCCCUGCAAGAAGCGUGCUGUUGGCACAGAAAAAGCUUCUGAAAUUACUGGCAGUGAUGCAGAAUCUACAAAGCCAGAAGAGCCCAUGGAAACAGAUACUAAUCCUGUGAAGAAGACAGGAAAAGAGGCAGCAAAAAAUGCAGAAAAGUCACUUUCUUCAACUGCAGCCCAAAAGGUAGCACCUGCAGCAUCUUCAGCUGUAGCCGAAAAGGAAGCACCUGCAGCAGCAUCAACAGUGGUUGAGAAGACAACGCCUACGGCUCCAGUCUCUGCAGCUCAGAAGGUAGCACCUGUAGCCUCUUCGACUACACCUCAGAUAGUAGCACCCACAGCAUCCUCAACUGCAGUCCAGAAGGUAGCAUCUGCAGCUCCAGUCUCCGCAGCCCAGAAGGUAGCACCCGCUGCAUCUUCAACUGUAACAAGAGUAGAAGCCAGAGUUGCUAAUUAUGAAUCUACAGCAACCACCAGGCACAAAUCAGCUGUGGCUUCUUCUUUGCCUGGCCCUGAAUCAAAGUUGAAUUACUGUUUAAAUAAACCUUCAGAAUCCAAAUCUGAAAACACAUUAGCAUCUGAAAAGAAAGGCAUAUUGGAAGAUACAGCAGCGUUAGCUUCAAAAAGCAGCUCACACACAAGUGUGGUUCCUGCCAAAGUGCCAUGCAAAUUAUUAACAAGUGAAGACGCAAAAGAGAGGCAACCAUUUUUCAAUAGACUAUACAAAGCUGUUGCUUGGAAGUUGGUUGCUGUUGGAGGGUUCAGUCCCAAUGUCAAUCAUGUAGAACUCUUAAACUCAUCCAUUCAGUCUGUAAAGGCAACAUUAGAUGUUGAAUUUGUCCCACUGAAAGAGCUGGCGGAUUUACCUCAGAAUAAAAGCUCUCAGGAAAAAGUGGUGUGUGAACUGAGAUGUAAAUCGGUGUAUUUGGGUACUGGCUGUGGAAAAAGUAAGGAAAAUGCCAAAGCAGUUGCUUCAAGGGAGGCACUGAAACUAUUUCUCAAGAAAAAGGUAAUUGUGAAAUUAUGUAAAAGGAAGUACAAAGGAAGGGAGAUUGAAGAUUUGGUGCUUCUUGAUGAAGAAUCAAAACCAUUAAAUUUACCUCCAGCUUUAAGAAAUCCUCAAGAAAUAUUAUAAAACAGUGAAACAGUCACUGUUUAUACUAGCAAAUAAUGUUCUAUCACAAAUAACUUGAUUACUUUUUGUACACUGUAUUAGACUCCCAUAUAUUUUGUAUUUUUCAGUUUUGAGAAUUUUUUGUUCUUUUCACUCAGUAGCAAAUGUAAAUAAUUUGUUAUAGAUGUAAAGCGUGCUGAGGUAUGCCUUAACAUAUAUAGCACAUUAGUGUGCUGUUUUUAUUUGCUAAAUAGUAUACCAGGUCUUCUAUUUUUACGGAACAAUUAAGGUACAGUUUGCUGUUCAGUCUAAUUUUCUAAAUCCUACUAUUUAGUAUCAGUAAUGCUCACUUCAGAACUCAUCCUUUUUAGCUGCGAACAGAUUUGUAGACAAGAACCAUUGUAUCUGGAUUGUAGAAGGUUGUCUAAAAGUUUCAAUCAAACCUUUAAUCACCUGCUUCAUGUGUUGCUCAGAAUGUUCAUAUGCCUGUUUUAAGAAAAGUCAAAUUUGAUUUGACUCAAGAUAGUUGAUUUGAGUAUUUUAAUGAAGUAGUAAUAUUUUAAAUUUUAAUUAAAUGAUAUGCUGGUCCUAUUUAAUAUCAUACUUGCAAAUUAACAGUCAAUAAUCACCAAAUUACUUCUAUCACUAAACAUUUCUCUAAGCAGCUUUGACUUAUAUUUUGUGAGAAAUACCAUCUUUGCUUUUUUUCUAAUAAAUGCAGCUUUCUAUAUUAAGCAAUUAUUUAUGUCUGUGUAAUUUGGGAUUUAAAAAAAGAUUUUAUGAAAUAUUCUGCUUCCAUUUCCUUUAACUAAUGAUAUAUGCUUAUAACAGAUAUUUACUCAGUCUUAAACACACUAGUAUUAAUUUGCAAGUUCAACCACUCAAAUUAAAUGCUAAUUUUAUUAAAACCUGCACUGCAUUAUGACUUGGGCUUGUCAGCAAGUAUUAGCUAAAAGGUGUUGCAUUCACAUAAUGAAUCUCAUCUAAAGUUCUGCACUGCUGUGAUGUCUGCACAUAGGUCUACAUGUACAGGCAUUGUUCUGUUACCUCCAUGUUAGUAAAUGUUCUCUGAACAGUGAAAUGUUCUCACAGCACUGAUGGAGCAUUUCCCAUCAUCUGUUAAUUUUCUUCACACAGCACUGCUUUGAAUGUUGCUGUGCCAUUUAAUAAAUAUCCCAAGGCAACAGCUACCUAUGCUAAUUCCAGGAUCUGGACCAAAGCUGUAAGAUGGGAAGCAAGACAGCAUUUAUUGCAGCCGAAUGAAAUACUAGUAGUAAAUUACAACAGAGCCCUUCCUGAAGUUGCUUAAAUAAUUCUGCUCACCUCAGCAACAGAACACGCAAUGGCUUGGUCUUAAGGAAACUUAUGGAAGGAACAUUUCUGUUCCUGCGGCCACCUCUCUCACCCUGUGCUAAGUCUCUGGAGAGUUGGAGAGCCCAUCCUGAACUGUGAGAUGGGAUACCAAGGAGUGAUAGGGGGAGGAAGAGAGGAAACACUCCUUUCACAAACUUCCUUACGUUGACUUAGGAUCCAACUCAUUAUUGAAAUUUUUACAAAUUGAUUUCAAACGCAUUUUAAUAGAAUGUUGUGUAGUAGGGGUUGCUGACUUCUUAGGGCCCAUAAGCACAUUUGCAAACCUGAGAAAUGAAUGUGGGUUCUGUUGAAGGGAAGGCCUUGUUGGGCACAUCUGCACCUGCAAGUGCCAUGUUGGUGACGCCUGUUCCUGAGCAAUAGUGGGUAAAAAUGAAUAUGUGGCAGCCGAUUGUUUGUUAAAGAAAGGUAGACUCCUUUGUAAGAAAAAAAACCUCAUUCAAAUAAAGAUAUUUUCAGUUGUUU